AUGACCAAAUCUUCUUCCCCAGAGGCCUGCAAGUCGGCCAAGCGCAAGGGUACCAGAAGCGUCUCAACGCUAACCCCUUCGCAAUUGGCCCGAAAGCGGGCGAACGACCGGGAAGCACAGCGGGCGAUUCGAGCACGAACCAAGGAGCACAUUGAGAACCUCGAGCGAGAGCUUGACGAGUUACGAAGCCGGCACAACCGCGAUGAGACGGUGCAGGACUUGAUGAAGAGGAACAAAGCCCUUGAGGAUGAGCUUCACAGACUGCGGGAGAGCGUGGGGAUUCCCAGUCACGGGUCGAGCGGCAUGUACCAUGCUCCUUACCAUAGCCCACCCUCGCGAGGCGCACCCGAAGUUGGAUCCUACGAGGGCAUGUCCCACUCGUCGGGAGACUCGUGGACGCCAGCGGUGCCAUGCUCGGUGCCAUCCACCGUGUCCAGCCCCUCGUCGUCCGGGGCUACGGAUGAGUUCGGAGGCUCAUAUUAUCCAACGAGCGCCCCAGCAACAAUCCUUGACAGGUCCAAUAUGUCAUCCAACAUGAACUCGCCAACCGUCUCUUGCAUAAAUGGCAAAAUGAAUUAUGAUGACAUCGAGCCAGAUAUCGGAUGCCCACAACUCAACAUCGUCCCUAUCCCGUCGCCAUACCAACAGCCACAGCCGUGGAACGUCUAUCCCAUGUAUUACCAAGCAUCACCAACGCUAUAG